AUGGCCUACCAGCUCUCCAUCGAAGUCUUCGGCAAAGGCGAUGAACCUAGCGCCCGUUCGCACUGGGGGUUUAUGAUCCAUCAGCCACCAGGCACAACGGGCGACCUGCUCCAUGUGCGCCUGAUUGAUCUGGACCGCCUGUGGUACGAGUUUGAGUCCCGCUCCAGUACCAAUAUUGUCGACAUGGCGGCUCUCGGCCUAUGCAGGCUGGCAGUGCUAUCGCCGCCGCAGCGACGGCGGGCCAUGGAGGUGAUCAGGUCUGAACCGCCGCCCCGAGAUGGAGCGAGGAAGUGUCAGGAUUGGGUGUUUACUACGUUGAUUUCGUUGGAGGUGGACGAGCUGGUUCCGGCUGGGACGUCGCAGUUCUGGAAGGGCAUGGUGGGGAGGCCGGCGAUGGAGGUGAAGGGGAGCAUUGGAGAUGCAUGGACAGAUCUUGUCUAA